UGGAUGGGGGCACUUUCUCGGCUGGAUGUGUAUUGUCUGUCAAGAGAAGAACGGGGCAGAGAACCAUGUCGUUAUUAACAUUGGCGUGCAUUCCCGAUCUUCUUAAUCAUGAAAAGUGAUUUCCUUUUCGUUUCCCUCAACACGUGUCCGUCCUCACCGAGCUUUUUUUCGUCACAUGAGGCUCGGAGCGGGUGUGUUCCUGUUUGCUGAGCAGAAGGAGGAGGAGGAGGAGAGACCCUGUCGGCGAGGGAGACCGACGGCGGGGUGACUGACCGACUCUCUCCUCCUGCUUCGGAAACACUACCGGUACUCACCUGUACGGAUAUCGCCGGUCGUUCCCGCUGGGGUGACGCGGAACACUCAGAACUCCAGUAGCGGAUGUAAGAGCAGGCCACCAGAAUGUUCCAGCUCCCUGUCAACAAUCUGGGCAGUCUGCGCAAAGCUCGGAAAAAUGUCAAGAAGGCCUUGGGAGACAUUGGCUUGGAGUAUUGCAAAGAUCAUCUGGAGGACUUCAAACCUUAUACUCCACCAGAAGUUUAUAUAAAGCACACCUCCUGGGAAGAUGUGUGCACGUGGGAGCCAUCGCAUACCAAAGUCCAGGACUACAGAUCCAAACCUUUCUGCUGCUCCGGCUGCCUCUUCUCGUCCAAAUACUUCUCUGCAUACAAGAGCCACUUCCGCAAUGUCCACAGCGAAGACUUUGAGAACAACAUCCUGCUGAACUGCCCUUACUGCACAUACAAUGGGAACAAAAAGAGCCUGGAGACGCACAUCAAACUUUUCCACAUGCCCAGCAACACCUUGCGCCAGGGUCCCGGGACUGUCCACCAUGGAGCUCCCAUGAUGAAGGACGGCCUCUUGAAGAGGCCUGGGGACAGUGUGGAACAGGCCGUGUACUACUGUAAGAAGUGCACCUACCGAGAUCCUUUGUACAAUGUCGUGCGAAAGCACAUCUACAGGGAACACUUCCAGCAGGUUGCACAGCCUUACAUUGCAAAACCAGGAGAGAAGACCAACACUCCAAAUGGCGGACCCACUGCAAAAACUGAGGGGAGCAAUACAAGCAGCACGGCUAGUCAUCAGAUCCACUGCAAGAAGUGUCUGUUCGUCCCGAGGACCUAUGAGGCGCUUGUUCAACACGUCAUCGAGGACCACGAGAGGAUCGGCUACCAGGUGACCGCCAUGAUCGGUCACACCAGCGUAAUUGUCCCCCGGCCUAAGCCCAUCCUUUUGAUGCCACCAAAAACUCACGGAGAUAAGACAGUCAUUGGGAUGGGCCCGAAGGGGAUCGUCAUGGCCAACCCCAGGCCUACGGCCUCUCAGCAGAUGGCCCGAGUUCCCAUCGCGUCCAAGCCAAGCCUGAGUGCUCAAAGUCUCCUCUCUGGGAUUAAACAUGAGUCAGUGGGAUUAAAGUCAGGGACCAACCAGCUCUUUUCCUUUGCGAGCCAACAGGCGAAGGCCACCCUCACAGGGAACGCCCAAGUUUCACCCCAGCUGCACUCGGCAAAACAUCACUUUCCCGGAGGCGCCCUGCGCAGCCCAUUGUUGGUUAGCCCGGCAUCUUCCCUCAAACCCAACCCCCUGGGAUCAAGGGUCCAGGCGGCAGCCACCACCUUUGCAUCGGUCACAGCCAAAAAAACUGGUUCCUCAGUCCUGAGCGCGUCUUACACCCAGAAGUGGAAAAUAUGCACCAUUUGCAACGAGCUCUUUCCAGAGAAUGUGUACAGUUCUCACUUUGAGAAAGAGCAUAAAGCCGAGAAGGUACCUGCCGUGGCCAACUACAUCAUGAAGAUUCACAACUUCACCAGCAAGUGUCUGUACUGCAACCGCUAUCUCCCCAGCGAUACCUUGUUAAACCACAUGCUCAUUCAUGGCCUGUCCUGCCAGCACUGCCGCGCCACUUUCAAUGACGUGGAAAAGUUGGUAGCUCACAUGCGUCUGUCUCACCUGAACGAGCCAGUAGGCCCUCGCAUUGACUCCCCUCUUACUUUCGACCUCACCCUUCAGCAGGGCAAUCCAAAGAACGUUCAAUUGAUUGUGACUACCUACAACAUGAAAGAUGCACCAGAGGAGUCUGUGGCCUUUCAUUCCCAGAACAACACCCCUAUCUCGCCUUCCCUGUCCUCGUCCCUACUAUCGUCUAAGAGGUUGUUGUCUCAGCACCCGCCUAAAACGCACGUGGGGGUACCUGAGACUGCCGGCCCGCUCAAGAAUGUUCCACAAACGUCUGUACCAUACAAGAGGGACGUUGGGAAGACCCUUUGUCCACUUUGCUUCUCUAUUCUCAAGGGCCCCAUCUCAGAUUCCCUGGCCCAUCAUUUGCGCGACAAGCACCAAGUCAUUCAGACUGUCCACCCUGUAGAGAAGAAACUGACCUAUAAGUGUAUUCACUGCCUGGGUGUGUACACUAGUAACAUGACCGCCUCCACCAUCACAUUACACUUGGUGCAUUGUCGAGGAGUAGGCAAGUCUCACAACGGCCAGGAUAAGUCUGCUCACUCCUCACGAAUCAGUCAGGGGCAGGUUGCUGCUGCCAAACGGAUCGCCCUCGAUCGUGCCAAUACGAGUGCACCAAAAAAAAAAAGGCGGGGUCCUCCUGGAGAGAGAGCACACCCAAGAGAUGUGAAUGGUCCGUUUGAAGAAAACCCAGACCAACCUGUUUCCCUAGCGCUAAACCCUAAAGGACUUGAAAACGAUUCAUAUGAAUCGAGGAAGGCUUUUCUCACUCGCUACUUCAAUCGAGCGCCUUACGCCACGCAGCGAGAAGUGGAGAAGCUGGCGGCCGGUCUGUGGCUGUGGAAGUCCGACAUCUCCAGCCACUUUGUCAACACGCGCAGGAAAUGCACGCAGGAAUGCGAAAGCCUCAACCCUGCCAUCUUACUCGGAUUCAGUAUGCACGAAGUCGGCAAAGUGAGACACGGGUUGGCGUUGGAUGGGGUAGACUGCUUGUGUCAGAGCCAGCCGGGCCGUAGGCGCACAUCUAGGACACGCUUAGGCCUGUCGGAACGAGCUCGGCAGAGGCUUAAGGAGUCGGUCACAGCAAAUCUUGACGCCGAGAUCAACACCGUUAUAGACCAAACCAAGACAAUCAACAGCACCCCGUUGCAGAAAACGCCUGCGGAUCCUGCUGAACCAAUCCCCAUUGAUUCUGACAGCGAAGAGGAAGUCCAGCAGGUGGCAUCCAGAACGCAACAUCCAGAAGCAAAAACGGCACUCGCUGCAGAGGGCAAAGUUACGUCGGACCAACAGGACAUGUUCGAGGACGAUGACGACGAUGAUGAUGAUGAUGACGAUGAUGAUGACGACGACGAGGAUGAAGGGGUGCACCUGGAGAAUGGCUUCGGUCCGACCGAGGCGGCCAAAGGGAGGGAUGCCCUGCCCAUCAUUAUUCCCAAGUUUGUACCCUCGUCUGCAAGACGGGGUGGCGAUGUAACACAGCUGGGAAAGCAGCAGGUCUAACUAUGAACCUAAUGGACAAUUUUCAAGACCUGCAGCCCCACACCAACAAAUCUGCCUCACUUAGACCCAAGGAACACAAAGAAACUUCAAACAAGCCAUCCAAUGACAUUUCAAUGGACUCAAAUCGCCACUGGACAGCAUAAAGGAUUCAAUGAGUACACUUUUAGCAAACUAGGAAAAGUUUUUGGACUUGCAUACAUCAAACAAAAGGCAUUGUUAGCAUUGCUUUAGCCCCUGAAUUUGUAAACAUGGCGGGUUAAUCCAGCUUUAUUUUAUUACCCUCACCCCUUUUUUUACUGAAGUAGUUUGUCUGAGAGGUUGUAAAUUUGUACAGUUUUUUGACACAUUUGGCCCAGUGUCACCACGCAUCUCCUCUUGGAUAUUUUGCUGUCCAAGGUAGAGAUCUGUAUGCUACAUGAUAGUGUUGCUUUGGUGGCUGGUCUUUACCUAUAUGUUAACUUUAUUUUUACUAAAAGUAAUUUGGGAGGGGGCAAAAUAAGAUAUGAAUAAAUAAUUCUGUUGAAUUGGUCUUUUUUUCCGCACAGAGCUGUUCUCAUUUGAACAGAUUGUACUUCAACUGUAGUAAUUUGCAGCUCUGUGCUUAUUAGCCAUGACUGCAGUUUAGUUGCUGUUUUUAGUGUUCCCUAUUAUGCCCACCCAACUUCCACUCACGCACGCAACUGAUAACUGGAUGGUAACCAUCACGUUUUUACAAAUAUAUUUAUCUCAUGUUUUUUUGUUCGUAUAUGUGUUUGUUUUACACGAGUCUAUUUUACACUUGCGCAUAUAUGAAUAAAGUGUUGUGAAUGUUUCUCACAAAAUGGUGGCCAAACCAGUUUGACUUAAUUUAAAUUCAAAUUAAACCUCAAUUUAGGACAGUAGUAUCU